AUUUUUUAUUGGCUUUUGAGUUACGUUCAGGCAGUCAAAAAGCGAUUGGCUGAAAAAAAUACGGUAAAAAUAUGGCAGAAAAUAAGUCUAUCUCCUAUCGAUCUACUCAAAUCUACGGUAAAAGAAUCUUGGCAAAAAAAUAUUUAUCUGGUAAAAAAAAACAAUCUGUUUUCUGAAAUUUGUUUUUCUUGCCCUCGCUAAUGUUCAUCAUUUUGAUUUGGAAAACAGCGGUUGUAACUUUUAAUUAAUUUGCUUUCAUCUUUUUUGAGCUUAAUGCUUUUUGCCCGAAUUCAAGGGUGAUCCAAAAAGAAGAUUCCCAGUUGCUACUAUAAAUUUCCUCCGUUCCAAUUUGAGCCUAAUUCGAUUCAAUUUCUUAUUUUCCCCAAAAAAACUCUCUUGACAAUCAUUCAUUUCAAUCAUCCAAUCGUAUUUUGUUACUAUAUUUUGGUCUUUAAUCAAUUAUACAAAGUGGGACAGUUAAUUACAAAACGAAUCAUUUUUUAAAAAAAUAUAUGAUACUCAAAUACUAAAAUUUUAAAAGCGUUCAGUUGCCAAAAGUCAAUUAUCCGAAACCAAUGAUUUUCCAUUCGAUUUUCACCCAUUUUUGCUUGGAUUCGUUGUGUCCGUAAUUACAAAAUAAGUGAGUUUUUCUUUCAAAUUCAAUGAGCAAAAACAGAACAAGCGUUUGAAAUAAAGAAAAGAUUUGAACCAGCUGCUCAUCGCAAACUACCAAAAGUGUUGCCUACAAAAUUUAUUUACGAUUUUCGAAAAAAAAAUUCAUUUAGAUAUUGGUUUACAAGUUAUUCACAGCAAAAAAGUUAAUUCAAGUCGCUUUAAAAACGGAAAAACGAAACGCUGGAAAACAAAACUGCAAUAGGAACUUUCAUGAAAGAAGAAUGUAAGGAACAAAAGUGAAAGGAAGAUGAACGUGACUGAAAUAGGAAACAUGUCAGCUGCAAUUGACCCCUGUGUUCCCACUGAGUUCGCUCUGGGGGUGGAGAAGGCGAGCGGCGUUCUGAUCCCGCUCAUAUUCGGAACAAUCUGCAUCCUGGGAGUGAUCGGAAACUCACUCGUGCUAGUAGUAGUUUGGAAGGGCACGAGCAAUGCCCCCCUCGUUGUUAAUCCCUCAAUUGGAGGAACAGGAAUGGGAGGGGGAGGCGGAGGCGGAGGCGGAGGCGGAGGCGGAGGCGGAGGAGGAGGCGGAGGAGGAGCCAACACCCGGCAGCAUCAGCAGCAGCCAAGACCGGUCCAUAGACCGAGGCAGUUCGGGAGGACAAAGCGGAACACGACUGAUGUGUUCAUGGGCAAUCUGGCCGUAGCCGAUUGUAUGGUUUGCGCCCUGGUCAUUCCUCCGACCAUAAUCGACCAGGCGUUCAAAACCAGCUGGUUGUUUGGACUCUUCUACUGCAAACUGCAGAAGUACAUGGCACAGAUCUCAGUGUACAUUUCCAUCUACACUCUGGUGUUCAUGUCCUUGGACAGGUACCUGGCAGUGGUGCACCCCUUCUCCUCCAGGGGGGUGAGGAGUGCGAAGAAUGCCAGUCUGGUGGUGGGGGCACUCUGGGGGGUGGUGUGUGUGGCCGCCAGUCCCAUCCUCAUCAUUUCCAAGUUGCAGCCACUUAUAAGUUUCUACCUGCAAGACACGAAGCACUGGAAAUUAUGUCACGCGGGUGUGUACAUGUUCGGGAGUAUGGCCCACGUGAUGCUGUACUUCAACUCCUGCUGCAACCCCCUCGUCUACUGCUUCUCCUCAGACAGAUUCAGACUGUCGCUCCUCCAGACACUCCCCUUCAAGUUCAUCACCAUGCAAAAUAACAACCCCGCCCAGAAUGAAGAUGCGACCCAGACACAAGCGUCAGCGGGAGCCAUACAACUGAAUAAGAAAAGCUCCGGCGGGUCCCUGGUGUCAUACAAGAAACGACAGUCGAACGCAACUUUAGCCACUGCCGCCAAAAACCCCCCACCCGAAACACGUGAACACACAAUGAAUAACCAACAGAGUGAGGGGGAGAAAACGAAAAAAGGAAAAAGAGUGUCGAUCGAUGUUAGUCCUUCUGCAAAAAACAAAGACGAUAAAGCGGAAGUUGAAAUUGAAAACGAUUCACAGGGUUUGAACGCUAAGGGUAAAAACUCUCCAUCUAGAAUCAGAAACAAUUUUGAAGUAUCGGCUGUUUAAUAAAAAGUUGAAAUUGCAAACUUUUGAUCAAAACAAUGUAUUGUUGGUGUUUUUUCGUUAUUUGAUGUGUGCUUUUUGAUAUAUAUUUAAAGUAAACUUUGGAAAUUAUGAUAAUAAUUGAUGUUGCUCUCUUAGUAUUAUAUGGAGCUAUAAAUGUGGAUAAAUAUUACUUUUGUGAAGAUGUGUUUUCCCUGGUGCUUAAUACUUAAAUUCAAUUCCCUUCCAGCCAUGCUGGUCAAUUUUCUUGAUUUCGAGUCAAAAACUUUUUGAUUUUGAAAAAAUAUUUAAUUGUUAUUUUUUAUAUGAAAAGAUAAACCAAGUUUCCUUGGCUACUGACGAAUUAUAAAUAAUA